AUUUCCAUUUGCAGUGUAGUUUUAGAAAGCAUUGCGAGCUGUUUAGCUAAGAUAUAAUGAUGACGAUUGUUGAUUUGGAAACAAUGCUUUACAAAAAACGCAAUGUUGUUUACGCAUUUUUUCGUCAUCGGAUUUGUUUACUAUUUAAAAAUUCGCUGAUUCGGGUGCAAUCACCAGAAGGAAUAAAAAGAUUUGAAAUUGGAAUGGAUACCACUAUAAAAGAUCUUUACGAAACGAUACAAAAAUCGAUGGGAAUUGAUGCAGAAUUUGGUCUCUUUAAAGAACGAAACUUUACCAAAGAGUUAAGUUCCAAUCUCUCACAAACAAUUAGUUUAUUCAAUUUUAAUCAUGGUGACAUGAUUUACCUGAAACCAAUGGCUGGGACAACAAGGAGAUCCAGUACAAGCACCCCGCCUCAAACUUUUAAUGAUGGAAACAAUUCUAAUGCAACAUUAAAUCCAAAAAAGAACGUCGAAAUAAAAGAAGAUGAUGUUGAUCUUACACUAGCUAAAGAAGAUGGUAGAAUACAACGUGGUCGCGACAGUAAAUUAUGUCGCCAUAAUAUGAAUGGAUGUUGUGUACACUGUUCUCCAAUAGAACCAUACGAUGAUACAUACCUUAAAGAACAAAACAUCAAACAUUUGUCUUUUCAUUCAUAUAUCAGAAAGCAGACGUCUGGGGUUGAUCGCGGAAAAUACAUUACUAUUGAUGAUAUAAGUUGUAAAAUAAAACCAGGUUGUAGGGAACAUCCGCCUUGGCCUAAAGGAAUCUGUUCAAAAUGUCAGCCAUCAGCUAUUACUUUGAAUAGGCAAAUUUAUCGUCAUGUUGACAAUGUAAUGUUUGAAAACACAACAAUUGUAGAGCGUUUUCUUAAUUAUUGGCGUUCCACUGGCCAUCAGAGAAUGGGGUUUUUAUAUGGUAUUUAUGAAUCUCACACUGAUGUGCCCCUCGGUAUAAGAGCAAAAGUAGCUGCUAUUUACGAACCACCUCAAGAAUCGACUAGGAACUCCAUUAAGUUACUGAAGGAUGAAAGUAUGGAGGACGUUGAUGCUGUUGCCAAAGCUUUGGGAUUACAAAAAAUUGGUUGGAUUUUUACUGAUCUUAUAGCCGAAGAUCCUGCAGUUGGUACUGUAAAACAUAUUCGAGGCAUUGAGACUCACUUUCUUACAGCACAAGAAUGCAUAAUGGCUGGCCAGUUGCAGAAUAAUCAUCCAAAUCCUUGCAAAUAUUCGUCAAAUGGUGUUUUUGGAUCAAAGUUUAUAACUAUUUGUGUUACAGGUGAUCAUUCAAAACAAGUACACAUGGAAGGCUACGCUGUUUCUGCCCAAUGUAUGGCUUUAGUAAGAGAUGAUUGUUUAGUACCAACUAAAGAUGCACCCGAACUCGGAUAUAUACGUGAAUCUACAGAUAAGCAGUAUGUCCCUGACGUUUACUAUAAGGAAAAAGACGAAUAUGGCAAUGAAGUUCAACGCUUAGCACGUCCUUUGCCUGUUGAAUAUCUUCUUGUUGAUGUUCCAGCUUCAACUCCUCUGCAACCACAAUACACGUUUACACGAUGUGAUAAGAAAAAACCCUUUCCAGUUGAAAAUCGUUAUUUGGAUGGCCAUUUACAAAAUUUAUAUGCUCUUAGUUCGUAUUUGUCCUUCUGGAAGGAUAGUGAAUUUUUAGAAGCGGUAUCAGAUUUUCAUUUGCUGAUUUAUUUGUAUAAAUUGGACAUGCUCCCAAUGAAAACUCACUUACAAACCUUGUUAGAAGCAGUUCGAACCAAGAAUUCGACCAUGGCUAAUAACUUUUUGAAAAGUGAUAUUUGGAAAGUGCUGGAAUCGUUAUUCGUUGCUAGUUCAGACGGAUCAGGCGGAUCCGCAAGCUACCCAUCACAAUCAGCUGCACUCCAAGGCGCUGAAGAUUCUAAUUGGACGUGUAAUCAUUGUACAUUUAUUAAUCGUGGAGAACUAAGCUCUUGUGAAAUUUGUGGUUUACCAAGAUAAAAUGUAUAUUUAAUUAUAGUUCUACCCAUGGAUCAAACUUUUUAACGCUCUUUGGAAUUUUAGAAUUGUAUUCCAAAUCAAUUCUAAUUAAUUAAAACUAUGUAAUUUUUAUGAACCGUA